AAGACAGAUAUUUUUUAGGAAUUUCUUUCACCAUUUGAGUUCAGAUUUCAAGGAAUCGCUUUUUGUCGUUCCUGAAGAAAUUGAUUUAAAAGGAAUACAAUGUGCCAAAUUACAGACAUUCAACAAGCGGAAAAUGGUCGCAAAGACUCGGAUGUUCGACCAAAAAUACGAGAUGAUUUGUCAGUAGAGAAAAAUGGAUUUUUUAUGGAUGAAGCUAUUUCGAAAGCGAAAUUUGGCUUCUUCAAUUAUGUCACAAUUUUCCUUAGUGGAUUAAUAUUGAAUGCAGUAUUGGUGGAAACAUGUGGCAUUUCAUUUAUAAUUCCGGUUUCGCAGUGUGAUUUAAAUUUAACAGCUGGUGAAAAGGGUAUUUUAAGCGCCGUUUGCUUUUUUGGAAUAAUUUGCUCGAGCCACUUAUGGGGCUAUCUUGCCGACACCAAAGGACGGCGCAAAGUCAUUCUGCCCACAUUAUUCAUAGCUUUUCUCUUGUCUGUUGCUUCGUCGCUCGUACAAAACUUUUAUUUUUUUGCAACGUUGCGAUUCCUCAAUGGAUUUUUCAUAUCCGGAUCAUCAGCAACAAUUUACGCGUAUUUGGGUGAGUUUCACAAUAAUGCGCAGCGAAGUCGUGCAAUUAUGUGUUCGGCAGUGAUAUUUGGAAUUUCGUGUUUUCUAUUGCCACUAAUUGCCUGGCUUGUUGUCAAUCAAGAGUGGGAAUUCGACAUUCCGCUCAUCGGCAUUACAUAUAAACCAUGGCGAUUUUUCCUGGUUGUAUGCGGUAUACCGGGAUUACUAUCGUCGGUGAUAUUGCUCUUUUUGCCAGAGAGCCCGAAGUUCGUUCUCGGCCAGGGUGAUAGUAAAGGUGCUUGGAAAAUUUUAGAAAAAAUGAAUCGCUGGAAUAGCGGCAAGAAAUCACAACUUGAACCAUUCGAAAUCUACGAAGAGGAAGAGUCUAUUGAAAAUCGACGCCGGAUUUUGGAGGCCAAAAAUAGCCGAUUUCCAUUGAUGAAGUCGAUUUGGAUACAAACAGCUCCACUGUUCAAACCUCCACAUUUGAGACCGACAAUUUUGAUUUGCACCAUUCAAUUUGGACUUUAUGCAACUUGCAAUGGAUUUUAUAUGUUUUUCGCUGACAUCUUGAACACGAUGGCCACAAAUUUGGAUGGUUUGGACAAUCAGCGAAUAAGCAUGUGUAGUAUAAUCAAUAUGGAAUUUGAAAACUUUACCGAAUAUGAAAUCUUUGAUUUUCUAGAAGAUGAGGUUUGUAUAACAAAACUUGAACUGGCUACAUUGGAACAAGGAGUGACAUUGGAAAUUUUAUUUGCCAUAGGACUUACAAUUAUUGGACUUCUUAUCAAUGUUAUUGGCAAAUUCCCCAUAUUAAUUAUUACAACGAUGAUGAGCGGCUUGAGUGGCAUGUUAUGUAUGCUAAUUGAUAAUCCGACGAUACAAAUAUAUUGCUUCAUUCUGCUCAUGUGUUGUGGUUGGGGUGUUAAUAUUGUCAAUGAUUCUACGGUUGAAAUUUAUCCAACGUCCUUGAGAGCGAUGGCGAUUUGCAUUUCUUUGAUGUUUGGCCGAUUGGGAAGUGUGUUUGGUGCUAACAUAGCAGCACUUUUAUUGGAAAAUCAUUGUGAAACCGUUUUUUAUUUGUCGGGAUCAAGUGUUAUUGUGAUGGGAGUGCUAACUUUUUUCAUUCCACGGAUACAUGAAAAGGUCAAGACACGCGAAGUUGAACCACGGAUAAGUAUAAUAUCAUUCAGAUGAACUAGUUCAAAGGCCAUACAGACGACAGACACAGACAUUUAAAAUAUAACUUGAGUUCUCAAGUUAGAAUUAGACAUCGAAAUCUAAUUAAUGUAUUUU